ACAUUGUCUGAAGACAUGAAACCAGGCCCUAAUCCUUAUGGCAUUCUUUGGGAGUUGGUGAUAUGUACAGCUAUUGGAUUUUUUGCUGUUCUCUCAUUUUUGUGGAGAUGUUUUCAAUCUGUGAAAAGCAGGCUAUAUGUGGGAAGAGAAAGAAAGCUUGCUCUAAAACUUUCUGGACUAAUUGAAGAAAAAUGUGAACUACUUGAAAAAGUUAGCCUUGUUCAAAAAGAGCAUGAAGGCUUACAGUCAUCUUUAAAGGAUGGUGGUUUUGAGAAGGGUUCAACAGAAGCACAAAAUUUGGAGGCAACAUAUGAAUAGCUAGAUAAGUCCAAAUCUAAAUGUGGGAAUGAAUUACUCUUUCUAGAAAAAGAGCUAAAAGAACAGAAAGUUAAACAUUCUAAACAGGAUGAAACAAUGGCGGAUAUAUUAAAAAGGAUAAAAUCCCUAGAAGACAAAUCAAAAUCCCUCAAAUCACAAAUAGAUGAAGCUAAAACAACCCUCAGAAUAUUUCAAGUGAAUGAAGAAGGACUUAUGCUGGCAAUAAAAGAGGCUUUGAAUGAAAAUUCCCAACUUCAGCAGAGUCAGAAACAGACUUUAAAACAAGAAGCUAAAGUAUGGAAGGAACAAGUAUGUGUCCACAAUAAAGAGAAAAUACCAUUUGAAGACUUUAAAGUACAUGCAGAAAAAGUUCUAAAUGAUAAAGAAAAUCACAUCGAAUCUCUGACUGAAUGCUUGCUGAAGAUCAAAGAUAGGUCUUCUCCAAGCACAGGAGCCCAAACAGAUGAUGGUAACUUGGAAUUGGAAAUGAAGAGCGAAUCAGAAAUUGGUGCUCACUUAGAUAAUCAACCAAAAGGAGCUUUGAAGAAACUGGUUAAUGGUGCUAAACUAAAGGCCCCUUUAAAAAUCUUAGAAAGAGAAAGAAGUCAAAUUUUUACUUUAUAAUCUGAAGUAGAGAAAACAAAGGAAGACCUUAUAGAACAUACUAAAAAUCUAAAGACUGAACAAGCAUCUUUGCAGUCAGAAAAUACACAGCUUGAAAGUAAGAAUCAGAAGCUUCAGCAGAAAUAUAAAGCCAUGAUGGAAUGAUAUCAAGAAAGUAUAAUGAAACUCCACAGGAAAUUAAGUGCAGAGGAAAAUUACCAGGUAGAGCAAGAGGAAAAACUUCCCAAAGUGGAAGAAAUGAUCAGUCAUACAACUGAACAGCUGGAGACCUACAGAAAGCAAGCCAAAUAUCUUGAAGAAGAAUUGGAGAUAACUAUUCAUUUCUCUCAGGGGCAGAUUAUUUCCUCUGAGAAAAAAGCACAUAAUAGUGAGUUGGCAGCUUGGAUUACUGAAAGAAACCUCAAUUAUUUAAGGAAACAAAAUGCUCGCAACACACAAAAAUUAACUGAAAAGGAGUUUAAAUUUAAACUUUUAGAAAAAGAUCCAUUUGCACUUUAUGCUUCAAAUACAGCAUUUGGCAGAAAGCAUUCCCCAAAUUGUCCCUCGCCUUUGGGCCGACCUUCAUCUGAAAUGAGACCUCCUCAUUUGGAAAAGAAAGGUCCACUCACACUCUCACCUUUGGGAGGAGGAAGAGGCUCAAGGGGCCCAGAGAAUCCUCUGGACCAUCUGACUAGCAAUGAAAGAAGAGACUCACACUAUGAUAGGUUAACUGAUCCUCAGAAAGCAUCUUCUGACAUCGAGUCCCUGUUAUCUCCAUGGGAACAGGCACAUAGGAUAAUGAUCCCUCCACCAGGCCAACCAUAUUCUGAUCCACGUCUUUCUCUACAAAGGCAAGAUGGAUGUUAUUCUAAUUAUGAUAGACCACCAGGUCCAGCAGAACUCAGAAGUUCUAAUAUGCAUUCUUCAGAUAAAGUGAAUGGGCCUAUGUCUUUAGAAACAGAAUCCAGUAGAAAGGAUACCAAAGUCGAUCUUGGUGAUUCCAGUGUGCCUGAUUCAUCUCUCCCUGCUGAAAACCAAGCAAUCGGUUCUGCCUCUGUUUUUGCACCUUUUUCUCUAAUCAGAGGUCCCUUGUUUCCAGUGGAUCCAAGUAGUCAGUUCAUGAGAAGAGAACUUUUCCCUCCAUGUCCUCCAGGAAACGUGUAUGGAGCAUUUCAAGAUUAUAUUCCACCAGGCCCACCAUCCCCUCCAUUCCCAAUGGGACCCCAGUGUUUUCCUCAGUAUCUCCCCCAAGAGCUGGAUUUCUUUCCACCCCUCCUUCCCCCGCAUUCUGAAAGUAGAAGUGAGUUCCCUUCAUGUUUGAUUCUACCUUCAAAUGAGCCUGCUACUGAACAUCCAGAAACAUAA